CAACCACAACACAAUUUUUCUAAGUUAACAUUUGACAAACUAAUUUUUUCUUCAACAAAAAAUGUUUCGUUUCCGCAUAAGCAACACCGUAGUCGGUGCUCUCAACAUACUUUCAUUACUCCUCGGCCUCGCCGCUAUCGGCACCUCUGCCUACAUCCACACCCACGGCGGCUCCGACUGUCAAAAGGUACUUCAACUCCCACUCUUAAUCGGCGGAGUAUUCGUCGUGCUUGUUUCGGGACUUGGAAUCGCCGGAUCGUUGUUCGGUGUUAACAGUGCACUCUAUGGUUACCUUUUGGUGACUUUUUUGCUUGUGGUUGGACUUGCUUUCUUCACCGUUUUUGCGGUGUUUGUCACAAAUAGGGGGGUGGGGAAACAAAUAUCGGGGAAAGGCUAUGGUGAAUACAGAGUUGCUGAUUUCUCUCAUUGGUUGCAACGUUAUGUGGUUAAUGAAGAGAAUUGGGAUGAGUUUAAGAGUUGUUUGAUGGAUGCUCAUGUUUGUCAGAAUCUUGCUAUCAAUGGUGGUCGGAAUAAUGAUUCUCUCAUUUUCAAACACUUGUCUACUACCCAGGCUGGGUGCUGUAAGCCACCUGUGCACUGUGGAUUUGUGAUGAAGAAUGCUACAUUUUGGGAAGUACCAAAGACAGGUUUGGCAGCGAAUAGUUCAGAUUGUGCAAAAUGGAAUAAUAGAGAGGACAAACUGUGCUACGAUUGCAAUUCAUGCAAAGGAGGAGUGUUGGCCAACAUAAGGAAUCAAUGGAGACAUCUAACUGUAUUUAAUGCUUGUUUGCUUGUACUUGUCACUGCCAUUUAUGCAUUGGGCUGCUACGCCAUCAGGAACAACCGUUUGGACUCUCGCUGCGACAACAGAGCAUUGCCUUAAUUCGUAAAUAAUAAUUAGUUUAUGCUACUUUUUAUAUAUGUCUUCAAUUUGUUAUUAGGGACUGCUGUUGUUUGUUUAUGCUACUUUUCAAUUGUAUGGUAAUCUUUAGGUUUCGUGUUUUUUUUAUAUAGUCGUAUGCUUUGGUAUUUUGGAUCUUCAGACAUUCAAUUCCCCUAACUUGUUUUAAUUGAUCAAUUUUCAGUGCUAUCUAGCAUUUAGCAUUUAAAUUAAGUAAUGUGUUUCUUGAAUUGAGGAACUCCUUUCAAGUUUCAACCCUUUCUAAAUGUUACUAUUCAUCUGUGUUAGCUCUUCGACUAUCAAAAUCAAG